AUGUCUAGAAAAACAUUGAUUAAGACACGUGUUAGUGAUAAGCUUUAUUUGUUUGAAAAAGCUGAAGAUUUAAAUGAGGAACAAAGACAACUGCUUCCUACAUAUGAAGAAAUUAUUAAAUGCUUUAAAAGUUUUCGACUACACUUGAAAGGCGACGGAAGUAAAGAACCUGCUUCAAAUGAAAUUGCAAAUAUUGUGACACAGAAAGUUUCAGUUAUUUGGCAACGAGCAUCUCUACCAACUGUGAGCCACAAACGUAUAGUAGAUAUGAUUUUAACAUAUAACAAGAGCUUGACUUGUACCGAAACUCAUUAUUGUCGAAGUAGAACAAUGGCAAGAAGGUACUUGCCUUGUGAGCUAAAUAUCCGAAAACUUCAUAAAAGGUACAAUGAAUUAGUGGAUGAGCAUUUAAGAGUGAAAGAAUGUUUCUUUAGAAAUAAUGUUAACAUUAACUACAACAUAGACUUCGGAACACCUCUUACAAAUAUGUGCUUAGAAUGUUUAAAACCGAAAGAAAAACUGAAGACUGAAGCAAAUCAAAACCUUGGAAAUUAA